UUACAGCUAACGACAAUGCCGUACUUGGCUUAUAUAUACGACCAAAACCUUUUCAACUCUGUUUCGACCCUUUUACCAAAAAAAAAACUCUGUUUCGACCCUUUUGGUAUGGAAGUUCUGCGAGCAGCUCCCGAGCCGGAGAAUACCUCUGAUCCGCUUCUUGGUGACUCUUCUUGCUGUUCCUGCCUCGCUGUGUCCUCCUGGUGGCAGCGGAAGACGAUUGAUUUACACAGCAACCACCGCCACGAGCCACGGUGGUGGAUGCGUGCGUUUCUGAAGAUCCGAGAGUGGUCGGAGAUCGUAGCUGGACCACGGUGGAAGACUUUCAUCCGCCAGUUUAACCGCGAUCAACGCCGUGGCCGCGCCUGGGACGAUAGCGCCAGACACAAGUACGAUACUUUGAGUUACAAGUUGAAUUUUAAGGACGAAGGCGAAGACGAAGACGACGACGAUGAAGCUGGAUUCGGUGGGUUCCGGAGCUUCUCGGUGCGAUACGCUUCUGUUCCCGUCGUUUUUGGUAAGGCUCCAGCCGUUAUCAGCAUUGACUCGGUGAAGUAAUAUGAAUGUAAUCUUCUUAGUUAGGGCGUUCCGCGUUGGGUUUAUGGCGGCGGCGUUUGAAAAGUCUCUCUUGGCGUCAUGAGUUUGACGUUUCCUUUGUUGAUUUCUGUACGUCAAGUUUGGUUUGGUUUAUCUUAUCGUUGAAAGUUAUUCCUCUUUUCUAUGUAUCACGUGAAUGUAUAACGAGAGGGUCUAGUAUUUUCGAUUGUGCAAGUUUUAUUUUUGUCUAUUGAUGGUUUUAUUUUUAUUGUUAGAUGUUAGUUCAUAGUUUGUAGUACGAAAGAUUAUAUGAAUAAGUGAUAUUAUUGAACAUGGUA